UUUUUUUACAGAUGAAAAAAAAUCUAACGAGCCGGCGGCUGCUCCACCCGGAUACGUUGAAAGCACUGGGUAUCCAUCCCAACCUGGAUAUCCACCCCAACCUGGAUAUCCAUCUCAACCUGGAUAUCCACCCCAACAGGGAUAUCCACCCCAACAGGGAUAUCCACCCCAACAGGGAUAUCCCCCACAAGCUGGAUACCCCCCACAACCUGGUUACCCUUCAGCUUAUCCAGUGCAACACCAACCACAAAUGCAGCAACAACAACAAUCUGUUAUUGUUACCAACCAGCCACAGCAAUACCAUGAAGAUAAGAUGCUAGCAGCAGUUCUUGUCACCCUUUUCUGUUUUUGUCCAACAGGCAUUGCUGCUAUUAUAUAUGCAGAUAAAGCAAACACAAUGGCCCGAACUGGUAAUACAGCAGGCGCACAGGAAGCUAACAAUAGUGCAAGACAAUUUAUCAAAAUAUCAAUUAUUGUUGGUAUUAUUGGGAGUGUUAUAGCUGCAGCAAUAAUAAUUGCUGUCAUUGUUAUAGGUACAACAGCUGCUGCCUCUGCAAGUAAUUAUGUGCAGAACAGUUACGGUAAUUCAUAUUAAAUGGAGAGUCUUCACUUUUUUUUUAUUCAUGUUUUAAUCUAAUCAUUAAAAACAUGUUUAAAUGCAUUGGGAACUACAAUCAACAAACUACAUAUUUCUUAUUAAACGAAAUAACUUCAAAUAUUAAACAAUGAUAUAUUCUGAUCGGUGAACUCUACAACCCCAGCCUGAUGGCAAGAACCAGUAAAGGAGUAGAACCAAUAAAGAAAUAUAGAGAUAUUCCUACACAACUUGUACUAUUCCUCCCGUCCAGUUCAAUCACCCAAGAAAGCAUUAGGUGAUGCUGUGGCAUUUUGCUUUUACUUAAAUGUUUUUUACCAUUAUCUCAAAAACAUUCAAAGUUUAAAUCCAUUGUAUAAACAUAAAUGUUAAACAAAGCGUAUAUUAAACGCUUUCCUAAUUUUUUCAAAAUGUUGCCUUAAAGUCAGUUAUUUAUAUGAGAGUUAAAAAUCCAACUGAUGCACAACAAAUAAACUGUUAUACAAAGAUUUUACAUAAAUGGCUAAAAGUGAAAACUACAUUUAAAUAUUGACUGCA